AUGAGCGUCGAUAUCGAAUGGAUCGACUUAAGCCAUGACCAUCAUGGAACCAAUGAAACGCGCGUUAGAGUUCGCUCUCAUGCUAUGAGGGCGACCGCCGCCUCGCGGAAGAAGAUCGUGGCGCCUGGGAAAAGAAAUCUACGCCGACUCCCCGAAAGACCGGGCUCCAAUGAGAGUUCAUCAAGAGCCUCUAGUUCCUCACCGGGCGACACCGCAUCCGUGGAUUCCGGUCCGGUCGGUACUACUGUGGCGCUCUCCAAGUCCGUGGUCCGGCUCCCCACGAUCGCGAGCAUUCCCACCAUGCCGCGAAGCGGUCUCGAGGCCCUCGCCGCGGAAACGGGGAUACAUAUUCUCGAGAUCUCUGCUCUAACGGAAAUUCAAUGCGGUUGGACGGCUUGUAUCGCUCUCGCAAGCCAGCGCAAUACUUUUAUUAACCUGGCUAAUCGGAAACCGACGUACGUGUAUUGUCUAGCCAGCAGAUACGGCGACAGCGCAUGUUUUGAUAAUGCGCUUCGCUGCGUCGCAGUCCGGGCUAAGAGAGUAUUGUCGCCUUCUGCGCAAAUAUCGGAAAACAUAGAAGCGAUGCAAUAUGUCGCCGCGUUGCGCAGCCUCCAGAAAGCGAUUGACGACCCCAAGGAGAGGAAUAGACCUGAAGUGCUAUGCGCCGUGAACCUUUUAAGUUUAUUCGAGCUUCUUCAAUUCAAUCGGCAUAGGGCUUGGUCGCUUCAUGCUAAUGGCGCAUCACGGUUAAUCCGCACGAGAGGGGCAGCAAGCUUCACUUCGGAAUUCGACAUCAGAGUCCUACUUUCAUUAGUUACACCAAUCACAAAUGAAUGUUUUCGACAUGUCGAGCCUUGUUUUUUCGAAGAAGAGGCUUGGCAAGAGACAUUUAAAUCCUUUGUUGAUAAUACCGACCCGUUCUCGGGCAAGAGUCAACUAACGAUAAAUCUAACAUGUAUUAUAGUAAGAGGGCCCAGGUUAGCGAGGGAUGUGUAUGCCGUGGUGAAUAGUCCUGAUCCCGAAAAUCACCCCGAGUUACCGCAUUUGAGGGAACGGUUAAAGGAAUUCCGGAGAGAGCUUUUACAAUGGAAUACGGAAUAUGUCUCAGUCGCGAUGAAAGUACCCUCGAAAGUCAUCAGUGGAAAGAGUCCUCUGCCAACGCCGAGCGAAGAUAUCCGCGAAGAGCUCUUAGCAACUUUUUAUGGUCUUCUGACCAUCGGCUCUAGGUUAAUGAGUGCACUCUCGACGGAUCUCAUAGACAUCUUGGAAGACGAAGCUGUUGCAUCGGCAACCUCAUUAUUUAAAUUGGAAAAAGAGGCUGCACCUAUCAACCAGUGGGCGGCGUUUUAUAUUCGACAACGAUUAGUUAUAGCUAGGGCGGUUUUGAAUACGACGGAAGCAUGGCGGGAGAGUGCGGGUAGGAGUACGACGAAUAUUAUAGAGUAUGAUAAGUUUAACGCUUGGGUCUCGGUGCUAAUUGAGGAAGGAUACCCAUGA